AUGGCAGCCGGCGGCCAAUGCGGCGGCGACGACCCCGUGGGAAACCCCGUCGUUGGGAUAGUCCUCAGUCAAAGGGGGAAGGUUGAGGAGGCCCACCGGCCGGGCCAAUCGCUCAAGUUCCGAUCCACCAGAACGAGAAUUUACGAGGGGACCGCGUCCCUGCUACGAGGCCUAGACAAGGAUGGCCGGAGAUGGCGGUAUGGGGACGAGCAUGGAGAUGCGUGGGGAGAGGGAGGCGACGGGCAAGGACGUGAAGUGGGCGGCAGCUUAACCAUAUCCGGCUGGCGGUUGCUGAGUUUGGGGUAG